AUGCUCUCACAGUCAGACACGCCGCUCAUCGACGCGAUACAGCGGGCCUCCCAGUCCGUCCGCGCGCCCUUCUUCUUCCCUGGCCACAAGAUGGGCGAGGGCGCGCCGGCGCCGCUGCGAGAGGCGGUCCUGGGCGGUGCCGCCGGCCGAACAGCUCCGCUGCGGUCCGACUUGCCGGAGCUUCCGGAGCUGGACAACCUCUUCUCGGCGGAGGGCCCGAUCCACGAGGCACAGCAGCUGGCGAGCGAGGCCUUUGGCGCCCGUAGCACCCACUUCCUCAUCAACGGCUCCACGGGCGGAGGCUCCACGGGCGGCAUCCUCGCGGCGGCAUGA